UUGCGUAGAAAAAUACGUGCAAUGUAUUUUUUAAUAAUUUUAAAUAGCUUUAUAGCGAUUAGUGCAUUAGAGUCACGCGUAUUUAACGGCGUUGAUUUGUAUCCACAGAAACACCGGCAUUUGGUACGUCUCGAAAUCAAUUUUUGGGACCCAAACAUCCAAGGAACUUGCACCGGCUCCAUAAUUAGUAAAGAAUGGAUAAUCACAGCCGCACACUGCGUCGCCGAUGAUGAGAUCGAGUCGAUUACCGUGCGACAAUUUAAUAAAGAGAUCGACAGGAUCCUAACGCAUGUGAGACCAAACAAUUUUUUUAAACAUUCAUUAUAUAUCCACGGUCUUGAAGAGGUGUCCAAUUUCAAAAAUGAUAUUGCUUUAUUAAAAGCUUCAAAUAGAAUCGUCUUUGAUAAAUAUGUUUCGCCGAUUAAACUAGCACAACUAGCACAAGUUCAGCCUCAGAUUGGCGAUUUGGUAAUAAUGGCUGGAUAUGGAAUUAACGAGAUAUCAGAGAUGGAGCCGCCAUUGCCGCGACAAGGAGUGGCAAAACUUACUCAAUGCCCUAGCAAUGAAUAUGAAGGUUUGUGGUGUAUAUAUAACUAUGUAAAAACGUCACCUGGAGACUCCGGCGGGCCGCUGACCCAUAAUGGUAAAUUAGCGGGCAUUAUAUCUGGAGGUUAUGGACAGGGAUGCACUAGAGAGGAUUCUCCAAUACUGCCAUGCCUACAAUUUUAUCCUAAAGUAGCAUAUCACUAUUAUUGGAUAUUUAAAGUAAUAAUUUACAAUGGAAUGUAAAAUACCUACACAUAUUUAGCUCUUAAAUUAUUAAAUAAA